CCGUAGUAGAUGGAUCCUUCCAUUCAAACCGUUCAAUAAUAUUCUCUUGCGACUUUUUUAAUGCUAUCUACCUAACUAUCUCACUGCUCCACCCACCCCCCAGGAGAUUUCCGAUUUACACGCCGCCAUCUUUUUUUCACUUCUUUCUACUUUUUUGCUUAUCUUCUUCCCAACGACAACGGACUGUUAUGAGUAGCGAUAUCUAUCAUUGUCUCGUCGUCGCACACCAAUUGACUACGAGAUCUCCGUGAAAGGAAAUCCUACCGGUCUGGUGGAUCUAAUCCCAAUUGCUUACCACUUUCGCGAGUGGCCUAGGGAGAAGCGAGAAGAAACAUGAGCUUUGCCUCGUGUACAUGGCCGAUAUGGCGGACUGAUGACUUUACAACAUGUUUUCAAUCCGAUUAUCUGCAGAUCCUUUUUCCGAUCGUCAUAAUAUCUCUAUCCCUCCUUCACCUCCUAGUCCAGACUAUCUAUCGUAAUGUUAAAUUAAAACGAGCUCACGAUUACGACCCUAUACCUGAUCAUCAAGGCCAUACGGAAGUUCCUCCCGAGGAGGACGACUGCUUGAGUACCGACGAUGAUGAAGGACUAUCUAUAAAUGCGAAUGGCGGUGGCCGCCUUGCGCUAGUCAAGACCACCUCUAAAGGUUCCAUAAUCCAAGCCAACACACCACCUGCUCGAGAUCUAUUAGUUAUCAUUGAAGAAGUCGCAAUACUUGGCUUGGUGGCUGUUAAUGUUAUUGCUUUGGUAACAAACACUUUCAAGGGCCAUGGCUUGUUGGCGGCUAUCGUGGGUUUGGUCAGUUGGGUGUACGUUUUCAUUCUUGCGACGCUUCGGCUGUUUCUAGGAAACACCAAAUGGCGGAUUCCACGACUUUGGAACCAUACCGCAUUUAUCUAUGGCUUCCAAUGGCUCUUUACUAUUAUCAUAUUCCGCUCCGUUAUCGUCCAUCCUAGUUCUAGGCUUGCGCAAGUCCUCGUCAUUGUCGAGUUUUCUUUAACGACACUCUUGUUUGGAAUCGCUAUGAACACUAGAAAGGGUAACAAGACGGUUGUCAUGGAAUGGGAAGGCAAUCUCGAGCCAUCGCGUGAACCGCUAGCUUCGGUUCUCUCCUUGUUAACUUUUGCUUGGAUCGACCCUAUGCUGUGGCAAGGUUACAAGAAACCUCUUGAGAUUGCGAACGUGUGGAAUCUUUUACCUCGCGACAAGGCCGCUACCGUUCUUGCCAACUAUCGCCAAGUUAAGAAGACUACAUCUCUGGCUCUACAUUUGACCAAGUACUUCAAGGGCUUGCUUAUCAUUCAGUGCUUGUGGGCUGUGAUUGAGGGUAUUCUAACCUUUGCUCCGACGCUUCUCCUUAAGGCUAUUCUCGAGUAUGUUGAAAGACCUGAAAUCGCCCCAAGAAACGUUCUCUGGCUCUACGUUAUUUUACUUCCAGUAUCCGAUGUCGUCCGUUCCAUUGCUAAUGGUCAAUCCUUAUGGAUUGGCCGAAAAAUCUGUAUCCGAAUCCGUGCUAUUAUAAUUGGCGAAAUCUAUGCCAAAGCGCUCCGACGCAAGGCUGCAAGUGGCAGUGAUGCCGUCCUCGGGAAUACGGACGCGACUAAUGCUAAAGAGACGAAACUAGACAAGCUAAAGAGGUUCUUAAGAUUGAAGAAAGCGGAUAAGAAGUCCAAUGCGAAAGACGGCGAUGCGAAGAAGGAUGCAGCCAAAGAUGCGGACGAGCAAGCGAACCUAGGAACCAUCAUUAAUCUUAUGUCGGUUGACAGCUUCAAGAUUUCUGAAUGUACUUCCUAUCUGCACUUCUUGCUAGCAUCUGCUCCUUCGGAGCUGAUCGUGGCCAUCGCAUUGCUCUACCGUGUUAUGGGUCUAAGUGCUAUUCCAGGUCUAAUUGUUAUGGUUCUCCUUUUACCGGUCAAUAUUCUAUUGGCUAAAGGUUUCAACUAUACCCAACGUAAGAUCAUGGCUGCGACAGACAAGCGAAUCCACACUACGAACGAGAUCCUCCAGAACAUUCGAAUAAUCAAAUACUUCGCUUGGGAAAAGCGAUUCGGCGAUAUCGUUGACGAGAAACGACGUAACGAAUUACAAGCCUUACGGAACCGUUAUAUGAUCUGGGCACUUGCCGUUGCUAUUUGGAACACAGUGCCUGUUCUUAUUACGUUUUUCUCAUUUUUGGUGUACACCAAGAUUGAGCACAAGCCUUUGUACCCCUCCGUUGCAUUUACCGCCAUCUCCCUCUUUGUACUACUAAGAAUACCUCUGGACCAAUUAGGAGACAUGAUUGCCCACAUUCAAGAGGCUAAGGUAUCCGUUGAUCGUGUCGAAGAAUUUUUAAAUGAGGACGAGACGGAGAAAUAUGAACAACUCGGACCGGACAACGUCGAUGAGAAUGGUAAGAAGGUCAUCGGCUUCAGAGAUGCAACCUUCAUCUGGGGCGGUAAAGAUGCUGUCGCCGCCGAUGGAACAAUGGCUUUUCGGCUUAUCGACAUCAACGUUGAUUUCAAGAUUGGCAAGCUCAACAUUAUCGCUGGUCCUACAGGCUCUGGAAAAACCUCAAUGCUUAUGGCCUUGCUUGGCGAAAUGACUUUGACGAAAGGCAAAGUUUACCUACCUGGUGCUCGCAGCCGUGAAGAUGUCCGACCAGACCCCGAGACAGGUCUAACCGAAACUUGCGCCUAUGUCGCUCAAUCCGCCUGGCUGGUAAACGCUAAUAUUAAAGACAACAUUUUAUUCUCCGCCCCGUACGACGAGAAGAGGUAUAAGGAUGUUUUAGUGGCGUGCGCCCUAGAAAGAGAUCUCGAAAUACUUGACAAUGGCGACGAAACAUUGGUUGGAGAAAAUGGUAUCACCCUAUCCGGUGGUCAAAAGCAGCGCAUUUCUCUGGCCCGCGCCGUAUACUCGAACUCUCGACAUGUUUUACUUGACGACUGCCUAAGCGCCGUGGAUUCGCAUACUGCUAAAUGGAUUUUCAGUAAAUGUAUCAAGGGCGAGUUGAUGAAGAAUCGUACUUGUAUCCUUAUUACGCAUAACACUACUCUUUGUGCACCGUUAUCUGAGUAUGUUGUACUACUCGACAACGGAAAGGUGGAUACCCAAGGAACAGCGGAAGAAGUCAUCGCUUCUGGCAAGCUCGGCGAGGAAAUUCGCAACAAAUCUCGACCUGGCUCCUCAGAUGCUUCACGUGUCCCGUCCAGAGUACCUUCGAGUGUCGGUGACGAAAGCGACCAAACUCUCAUCGAUCAUAAUACAAAUGGAAACACCAAAACCGUCAAUGGCCAGGAGAAAUCGCAACGAAACACGCCUCAAGAGACUAAAGCCACGGGCGCCGUCAAGUGGUCGGUUAUCAGUCUCUAUCUUCGGGCUAUGGGUACUUGGUGGUUCUGGCUUGUCGCUGUUCUCGUUUUUGGUAGCCAACAAUUCAGCGGUGUUGCCUCUAACUUGUGGAUCAAAGAAUGGGCCAACCAAUACACUUCAAGCCCUGAAAGCAUCUCCAUCUCCAAUAUACAAUCCUCAGUGUAUUCUCGCGUUGCUCCGAGCUCCUGGACUACCCCGGCAUUUUUCACGUCGGCUAAGAGCUUCAUCAGCACAUCCUUUGCCACCCCAGCAGAAUACUCGACCGUCGAUGUACCGGAAGUCAAUGUAGACUAUUAUCUACUUGUCCUCGCGUUGAUAGGUAUUGUUGGAGCAUUCUUGGCUUUAACUCGUGAUAUCUGGCUAUUCUUCGGUUCUCUUACUGCGUCCUGGAAACUUCACAACAAACUCAUGUCGUCUGUGUCUAGAGCAAAGUUCAAGUUCUUUGACGUGACCCCGCUCGGACAGCUGAUGAACCGGUUUAGCAAGGAUCUCGAAGCCAUCGAUCAAGAAGUUGCGCCUGUCGCUAUUGGUGUAAUGAGCUGUGCUAUGGGCAUUGUAAUCACUGUGGUACUAAUAGCAGCUAUCACUCCAGGCUUCCUAAUUGCUGCCCUCUUUAUCACAGCCUUUUACGUCUUCGUCGGCAUGUUCUACCUUCGAGCCUCGAGAGAUCUCAAGCGACUUGAGUCUGUCAACAGGAGUCCUCUUUUCCAACAAUUCGGUGAGACGCUCUCUGGUGUCACGACCAUUCGUGCCUAUGGCGAUGAGCGACGAUUCAUCCGCGAAAACCUUACUAGGAUCAACACACAAGCUCGUCCGUUCAUCUUCCUAUGGGCUGCUAACAGAUGGCUCGCAUUCCGAACGGAUCUUCUGGGUGAUUUCGUAUCGUUCUUCGCUGGUGUAUUUAUCAUUCUUAGUGUAGGAAAGAUAGACGCCGGCUCUGCGGGUAUAUCCUUGAGUUAUGCUAUUGCCUUCUCCGACAACAUCCUAUGGCUCGUACGUCUAUACGCCAUGAAUGAGCAAAACAUGAACUCUGUCGAGCGUGUCAAAGAGUACCUUGACGUGGAACAGGAAGCGCCACCGGUUAUCGAAGAGAGCCGUCCUUCGCAGAACUGGCCUGCACAUGGUGCCGUCGAGUUUAUCGGUUACUCCACGAGAUAUCGCAAGGAACUCGAUCCUGUUUUGAAGAAUGUCACUUUCAAGAUCGAACCUCGUGAGAAGGUUGGUAUCGUGGGACGAACUGGUGCUGGAAAGAGUUCCCUCACAUUGGCUAUUUUCCGUGCACUUGAAGCGGAGAGCGGUAAAAUCCUAAUUGACGGUAUCGAUAUUGGUAUGAUUGGUUUACAGGAUCUCCGAGAAGCCAUUACCAUCGUCCCUCAAGACCCGACUCUUUUCACCGGUACCAUCCGAACGAAUCUCGACCCCUUCAAUCUUUACACUGAUGAGGAGGUUUUCACUGCUCUCAAGAAAGUCCGGCUUAUUGGCCCGAACGAAACGUUACCAUUUACGACGGGAGCUCUCUUAGCCUCGGCAGAAAACGAGACGCAGGAUAAUCAAGCCGUUACUUCUCCCACUACACCAACUACCAACAAAAACAUCUUCCUCGAUCUAUCCUCGCCCGUCGCCGAAUCCGGUACGAAUCUCUCGCAAGGUCAAAGACAACUUUUAUGUCUUGCUCGUGCCAUGCUCCGAAACCCCAAGGUCCUCGUGAUGGACGAAGCCACCGCAUCUAUCGAUUACGCCACGGACUCUAAGAUCCAAGAAACGAUUCGCGAUCUCAAGAGCACCAUUAUUACCAUUGCGCACCGUCUCGCCACGAUCGUCGAUUACGACAAGGUAUUGGUACUCGACCACGGCGCAGUUGUGGAGUACGGACACCCGCACGAACUCCUAAAGAACGAGAAUGGAAAUUUUAGGAGUAUGUGUGAGAUGAGCGGGGACAUGGACACCUUGGCGAAAGCCGCAAAGAAGGCGUGGGAUGACAAGAAGCUCGUGGAUGAUGAGUAGGAACGCAGACACGCGGGCGAAGACGUAUCAUCAGCCCAAGAUGAAGUUAAUUGAAAAGGAAUGAAAAUAAUUACAUAAGGACAAAAAUUCCAUAUACAUACACUUUUUCAUAGGUACACUGGUGAUGAAAUGUACCUUUUUCUCACU